GGGCUCUUCCUCCUGAACAGGCCAUCCCUCAGUACAAAGACAUUUCUUGGGUAGCCAUGGCCAAUGCAAAGCUUCUGUUGUCUGACCUUGCAUCCAGUAUAGACUGUGUUCCUUCAAGAUAUGUUCGACCCGUGAACGACCGCCCAAACCUUGAUGAGGUUCAGUCCUCAUUGGAUGGCUCCAUUCCCCUCAUCGACCUCCAAGACCUCCAUGGUCCUAGCCGCUCCCAUGUUAUCAAGCAGAUAGCUGAAGCCUGCCAGAUUGAUGGUUUUUUUCGGGUCAAGAACCAUGGAAUACCGGAGAGUGUGAUCCAUGGCAUGUUGAGCAUAACAAAGGAGUUUUUCCAUUUACCGGAAAGUGAAAGGUUGAAGAACUACUCCGACGACCCUUUGAAGACUAUGAGACUCUCUACUAGUUUCAAUGUGAAAACCGAGCAGGUGUCCAACUGGAGAGAUUUCCUGAGACUCUAUUGCUACCCUUUAGAGGAUUACAUUCAGGAAUGGCCCUCCAACCCUCCAUCUUUCAGAGAAGUUGUGGCCGAGUAUUGCAAGGAGGCUAGAAAAUUAGCAUUACUACUGCUUGAAGCAAUAUCCGAAAGCUUAGGACUAGAGAGGAACCACAUAGAUAAGGCGCUGGGAAAGCACAGCCAGCAGAUGGCCCUCAACUACUACCCACCUUGUCCUCAACCAGAGCUGACGUUUGGCUUACCUGGCCAUGCUGAUCCUAAUGCCCUCACAAUCCUCCUUCAAGACGAUGUGCCCGGUUUGCAGGUGCUCAAAGAUGGAAAAUGGGUGGCCAUCCACCCUAUUCCAAAUACUUUCAUUGUCAACAUUGGUGAUCAAAUCCAGGUGAUGGAGACAAAAGUACUUAGCAAUGAUUGCUACAAGAGUGCGGUCCAUAGGGCCGUGGUGAACUGCCAGAAGGAGAGGAUCUCCAUUCCAACCUUUUAUUGCCCAUCACCAGAUGCAGUUAUAGGACCAGCUCCGGGACUGGUCGACCAUGGUCAUCCUGCCCUUUACAGGAAAUUUACAUACAGUGAGUACUUUGGGAAAUUCUGGAACAGGGGCCUUGCUACUCAAUCCUGCUUGGACAUGUUCAAGACGUAGCCAUUUAUCUGUAGCUUGGGAGUAAUUGUAACAAGAACAACAACAAACUCAAUAAAUUCGACAGAUUCCUCCAUGAAAUUGUCGUAUAUGAAGCAUUAAUAUGACUUGUUUAUUAUUGUAUAUUUGGUGGGUCGACUCAUGAGUAGUUGACAGACCCAGAUAAACAGAUAUUCAAGUAUACUAUUUAGUCUA